CACUUCAUUCAUGCUACCUAAAUUUUAAAUUUUAUAAAUAAAUUCUAUGAAUUUAACCAAUACAAUAUAAAUAAAAAUAAAAGAAAAUUUUAUUAUUUACACGUGCCAUUUACUAGUAUUCCAGUCGUGAAUAAAGUUUACGAGUUUAGUUCCCACCCGUUAACUUCUCGUUAAGAAAUUCCCGAAGUAUGAAAAAGUAGAUCAACAACCACGCUGAGUAGUAUUCUUGAAUUAUUGUUUUGAAUUUUGAUGCUUUUGCAUAUGCAGAUGUUUUUGAAUCAAUAGAAACCAAGAAAAUUUCAUCUGUUGAAGUCAGGUAUCUGUUUAGGUUUGGUGAUGAGAAUCAGUGAAAUGGCACAUGCAGUUCACACCCAUGACUGUGGAAGUGCUUUGGUUUUGACUUAUCAGUGAGUGGACCACAAACCUGAGGUUGCAUGCAGUCCAUCUCAGAAUCAACAUUCACUGUAUUUCCAAGAUGAGAGUGAAAGGGUUCAGCUGAUUGAACACAAAAUGGUUUAGCUGUGGAUGUUAAGUUGGAGAGGAAUUGCUGUAAAAAAGAAUGGGGUGCACUGCUUCUAUAUAUGCGGUUGGGAGGAGGAAGAAGAAGGCGUGUAUACCAGAGGUAGUAGUGUAUUAUCCUUCAAUGCGAGUACCAGCACAAUCUGAUCUCCAAAGAGCCCUUAAAGGGCUAAUUCCUCAAGAUCUUGUUGAUAGAUUGGCCUGCCUUCGCAAUCAGAUUACUUUGGUGGCAGAGGACACUGAUGGGUCUGCUAUAACCGAAUUAAGGCGAGCAUUGGAGGAGUAUUUGUCUCUUCUUAUUGGACUCACUAAGAAAGAGAAUGGUCUUGAAGAUUCUAUAGAAUUCAAGUGGAAAAAUUUAGAAGAUGGACAGCAUGAAAGUUCUGUGGCAAACUCCUGGUUUGAAUUACUUUCUGUUGUUCAUAUGAUGGCAAUCCUGACUUUAUCAGAGGCCAACUCAUCGAUGAUCCCCCAGGAUCGUUCUGGUUCUGGGAUAAGAACUUUAUCUUCAGAUUGUAAGAGAGAUGCUGUUGAUUUACUGCUUAAGGCAGCAGGGUACUUGGAAUUAUGUGUACGGGAAGUACUGGUUCGCAUUCCACCAGAUAUGAAAAAAAGAUUUUCAAAAGAUUUGCAAGAUGGUGUACUGGAGGCUAUAUCCAUUCAAGCACUAGGCCAGGGAACUGAAAUUCAGCUUGGUUUAGCUGUUGAAAGUCAGAAAGCUACUUUAUCUGUAAAGAGGAGGUUGGCAUGUGAGCAGCUGAUCUACUUCAGUCAGGCUUAUCAUUGCCUGUCAGGAUGUGACAUGAAUAAUGAAAAUGGAAAGAAGCGUCUCUUGUUCAUUAAGUGGAAGUUUCUCGAAUCAAAGGCAGCGGCUUACUACUACCAUGGCCUGAUCCUUGACAAGGGGAAUGAACCCGCCUGUCACAUUAGUGCUGUGUGUUGUUUCCUUGCUGCAGAAGGACUUCUGCAAGAGAGCAAGAAGGCCUGCUUAAGCUUUUGCCUUGCAGCUCCUGUUACCAGAUCUCCUCCACCAUGGGGUGCCAUGAAGCAGUUGCAUCAGAAAAUUCCUGAAGUUGUAGCAAGGAAAUCUCAGAUGUAUGGUUACCUCUUAGAAGAAGAGAAGGCUCUGCAAGCAUUGCCUGACCUCCCAGAUUUCCAACUGUCUUUAAGACCGGACGACUAUGUAUUGCCGGAAGUGGACGAGGCAUGGGAUAGAGAAAGGUGGCAAAUCCAGAGCCAGUCUUUAAAGGAACACCUUAACGACAGUGAAGAUGAGAUUGAAACUGAAUGACACCAUUGUAUUACGUCUUCUUUUGUGUAGUUGGAUACAAUAUCCUUUCGUUUUCAUUUCCUCUUUCUCUUGGUACUGUGAACUUCACCAGCUAAUGCAUAUAAUUAUUACAGAUAAUUAACAAAAGAUACUCAUCCUGAAUUUUCCUUUGUUAAAAUGGUAAUGUGAUUUGAGGUGUGUACGUAAUUAUUAGUACUGAAAUAAAAGUUAAUUAUAAGUUUA